GCUGAUUUACGGGACCAUGGUCUCCGAACCGACGAUUACUGGAUUCAUGAACCCCGACGGCCCCGAUCCAGCUGUUCCAGACAGGGCGCAGGGCUAUAUUACCCAUGCUGCGACGCGAGCCCUCAUUUUCAUUGAAGCACCUAAGCCUGUCAGUCUGGUCUGCGUCGUCGAGCUUGGUAUGACGGAUGCGUCAGCUUACUGCAUCGGAUACGCGGAAGAAGGAAGUGUGACAUGAUUAUGGGGGAAUGCUCGUCAUGAUAGUUCACACCGCCAGGAUGAUUACUCCCAAGGAUUCCCAGAGCAUCAUCAUGGUGGUGGAUAUAGUCUUCGUUAUGGCCGAGCAUACGGGGGCCAUUAUGGGCGAGAGGGACAUGAUAGUUAUCAUAGGAGCGGUUACCCUAGGUAUAGCAAGAUUGGAAUAGAUUUUCAAGGAUAAUGCCUAAUGGCAUCUAAGUUGGGCAACG